GUAGUUGUAGAGCUACCCAAAGGAGCGCCAUAAUGAUGACAUGCCGACGCCGAGACUGCCUAGAAGGAGCGACUAUGUAGUAUAGCUUCUCAGGCUUCUCUGGAGGUCGGAUACAGGUUCACCCCGUGGAAGGUGAGCCAACUCCUAUCCUAUUCAGAGUCAUGGCACCACAGUUUCGUUCCUCCCGAUGCAUUUCAGGCUGUACCCCAUGAAUGGGCUUCUAAGUACUAGUACUAAUGCUUCUACUUCUUCUACUAUACUUCUCGCUAAGUUUAGGAGCUUCCUCGGUAAAACUACCAAUCUAUUCCAAGUACUACUAAUGUAAUAGUACGUCCGGGAAUUCGUAGGUCCAACCCGAACCGACUAACAUCAUCAGCAGUAUGUCGAGAAAGAGCAGCAAGGUGAAACGUCGUAAGAUGACAGCCGCCCCCGCUUCUCGUCCUCUACUAGAUUGGGGGAAAGCCACGCGGCUUAUGGCCGCUGCCGUCAUACUAGUAAUCUCUGCGCGUCGAGUAGAUGAUCAGAAACAACAGGAAGGUCAGACGACGCCAGUUGGACAAGAUGGCGAUCAACAGAGUCGUGCGACGACGUCAGUUCAAGGAAAUGGCGAUUAAGAACAUCAUGCUACUUGUAGUUGUUCUACUCAACGACAAGUAUAGGAUUUGGAUUUAGUCUACUUCUCAACUAGAAAAAUAAGAGUAACUUUGUCUGCUCGUUUUUAAAUCCAAAUCCUAUUUACUUGUCGUUUGUGUCCCUCUAUCUCGUAAACUUAUCCCUUCAAGCAAUAUACUUUUCGUUUGUUACUUCACUUUGGCUUUGGUGUAUCAUUUACAUUUUGUUGCAUGCAUAGAAGUUUUAUUCAUUCAUUAUGACUUCCCAUUCAUGAUCAUUCUGGUGAUGUGUGACCACAAGUUGAUGAAGUACGUCUUGAAACCCCCUACAGCAGUUGUUCCCAUCUAAGCUUACAUGUCACGACCUUCUUCUGCUUAUUGUAGACGAGACACACAAACGUCCCUUUCAUACAAACGUCCCUCAUAAUUUUCGUCCCUUUCAUACCCGAGACCUGCAAAUAGCGCUCGAGGUGCUUACAUGUCACGACCUUCUUCUGCUUAUAAUAUUCUUUCUUUCUUUUUUUCUAGUCAGGUUCAGGUAUGUAUUCAUUGUAAGUUCAUAAAAUGCUAUAAUAGUAUACAUUCUAGGAAGCAAGAACAGGCUUCUUGAAAUACGAGGAAGCAACAGGCAUCAAUCGUCGUUCUUUGUCUUCAAUCAUCUAAACAGGAUCGUUCUUGGAAGAAAAACUAGAAGAAGACGCAGACGCAGGAGAUGCAGGCCGGUCGUCGACAGCGGAGGAAAAUGACGAGCAGAAGGUGAUCGAGAUCAAUACUUAAGGCUCACCCACCCCUUGACUCGCCUUCAUCUUCACGUUCACCAAGAUGGAGAAAAGUAAUGUAAAAAAAUGUUCUUUAGGUGAAAAAGGAUAAGGAAUUACUGAAUAGAAUUAUUUACGUCGCCCAGGGGGUUUGUUAUAACUUUCUCUCGGUAGUUUGGAUACAUCCACUUACAAGAACAAAGUACUUAGCAGGUUGGCAUUCCCGAGGGUAGACGAGGAGAAUUAGUCGGGAUGUCAGUCAAUCAAACCCGAUGGUUCCACGACAAUGUUUACAAAGUCGUCCUUCAUCUAAGUUACGUGUGGCGAUUUUUACGCGCACGAACCUCCAGGUCCGAAUGAAAUAGUUAAGGCGCGUCAAUCAUUAUCUAGUAUGAACUAUCUUUCCAUGCAGCUGAGUGGAGGGAGCAGGAGGUCUUCCCCGUAGGAGUCUGUCACGAGGACUCGAAGGGUCGGUGAGCCAUGGGAAUCGUGAGUGGGUUUUCCCGUAGAAGUCUGUCAAGGUUGACAUUCGAAGGGGUUUUGAGAUAGUCAAGAAGGGGAAUCUACUCGGCCGCGGCCAAGGGUGACAUCAACUUUGGUUAUUGAUGACUUCCUUCGUUGAAUUAACGCUCCUCUGCUCUAAAUUGACGCCCUUGCUGCGACGUCCAGGAGAGUUAAGGUUUGAGGAUAUUUUAGUAGCAUCCACUAGUGGAUAUCUGUUCUUGGCAACGUUAGGAAGUACUUACUUAUAAUCUUCAUGUUGAUCAUGAGUACCGCCUUCUAAAAGACGACGUGGGAACAUCGUAUUCGGAUCCUUUACAGCAAUGCGCACGCUGGUGGAGGGAUGAAAUAGUUGGAGAAGAAGAGGAUGGCAUGCAUUCCAUCUGGGCGACGAGGAUGAAGAGGCGAGACCUCGACACAGAGACGUCUCCUUAAGAAGCGAGAUGAUAUCCUUGCAUCUUCAAUGGCCCAUGAGACUUAUCGAGGACGCGGCAUCGACCGAAAGUUGAAGCAGAACCUUUUCUAGAAGUAGCUGAUUCUUGACACUAUUGUUGCCGCAGAACCUUUUCUAAGUAAUGCACUAACUACUUAUGAAGAUGCUCCUCAACGUUGUAUAGAAGAAGCAGAGCAUCAAAUUACCUUCCGAUGGACUCGUCGACAAGCUCUAAUAAAGCUCAGCCUACCAAGGCACGUCGGAUAUCCUGGAUUUAAGGCUCUUCCGAAACAGCUACCGCGUUACAUAUUUUGUCUGAAAUAGAAGCACCACUUUUAGUACUCUAGAAUAUUAGGCCUUCCAACAACAUACUUUUAAUCUUACUACGUUACAACUUAUUUUUUCCGAAAUACUAGAAGUACUUUUACUCAUCUUACUACGUUACAUAUUUUUUCCGUCCGAAAUAGAAGUACUUUUACUACGUUACUUCUUUCCGAAGUAGAAGUACAUCUACCGCGUUACUUAUUUCCGAAAGAGAAGCACUUUUACUACGUUACUUAUUUCCGAAAUAGAAGUACUUUUACUACGUUACUUAUUUCCGAAAUAGAAUUACUUCUGCCGCGUUAAUACUUACUUCCGAAAUAGAAGCACUUUUACUACGUUACAUUACUUAUUUCCGACGUCUAGCUUAUCCCGUCUAGCUUAUACCGCUGCGACUGCCAUCGGUUAACCAGUGAAAUGCCGAUAGCCUGAAUCUCCAACUAGCUGCGCCAGUGGCAAAAUUUCUUCUGCUGUACUACAAGGGGUUAGUACGUAGUUUGAUUAAUAACUUGGUAGUUAGCCAUUGGUCUAGCUGCAAAUCGUGGCUUUUCCGCUAAUAGAGAUCUGCUGCGGGGGAGGUGAGACUUCAGAAUCACCGCCGAGGACAUUAAGGCCUACUAAAUUACACCUUGACAUUAAGAUUUAGAGUCAGUGUCGAAGACACCAAGAACACACCAAAGAAGGGUACAACUUGUGAUUGAGAAGUAUGGAGCUAGCAGCACUAAGGACAAUAAUGAUUCUAUAUCAUGCUACACCUAGCAGGAGAAGCAAUAAGGACACGCGUUCCACUUGAUCAUGAUUCCUACUUCUAAUGGUAAGAGAAGUGAAAAGUUGUACCGAAAUGCUCGAAUACAUGGACAGUACAACACUUUGCGGGGCCGGCGACUUCACAACUUUUAACUUAUGUCAUUUCACUUCACUUGUUAAUUUAUACGUCGCAUGACUUUAAACCCAUCGACAGUUUCCGAGUUGUACUGAUCAGAGCAACUACUCACCUCGUCAAUAUAGUCCUCGCAAGAAGUGGCUGAGUAUCGUAUGUACUACUUGGGACCAUUCCUUCCUCGUCAUACUCCUCUGAAGUGACAACAUGCCAUGAUGUGGCCGCGUUCUUUCGAUACUUGUACCUGCUUUCUAAUGAAGGAGGGCGUAGCCUUCGAGGACGAACCACUCCACUACACGUACAAGGAUUUCAGCAGCUUUCAAGUGGAAGAUAUGAACGGAAACAAUGCUGGGUCGCCUCUUCAAGGAUCGUUAACUUGAGGUACAGUAUCAAUCUUUCUAUGUCUUCAAAGACAGUUGGAGAUCAUCAGGCAACGUAAUUAUAUACUAGCUACUUGAGUAGAUUGAGAAGAAACCACGAUUAUUUUCACUAUUUCAUGAUCAAAGAAGUUUUACCAGCACCAUUUCUCCAUUUUUCGAGAAGAUAACUGAGUAAAUACAUAUAUUACAGUUGAAGUAUUCUCUGAAUCCCACGAGUUGUACUCCAUCUUCUUACGAGCAGUAAUUAUAUCCUAUCCUAUGUAUAUUUAUCCUACGAGUUAAGCUAGUACCACCUUCUUGAAGAAAGGGAAAAUGAUUCAAGAAGAUCGACAUGCUGAGUACUUUCUUCUAAUCACUACAGUGGAGGGGUUCCGAAGUGGGUACCUGGGCGUCGUAUAGUCGAAAAGAAGACCAGGAGACUCAUCAGGGAGAAUAUUAGAGGAAAGUGCUGUUUGUAUGUUAUGGAAUACAACUACUAGAAGUCAUUGUUCCAGACAUCGUCGGUCGCAGGAAUUGUUUCGUCUUGCCGGUGACCACGUACGGUCAUUUGCGACGCAAUGACGAUGAUGCCACUUCGGACACAGUCCAGAACACGUCACUCAGCCUGCUUGUGAGGCCGUAACUUUUUCAUCCUCCAACUUUCUUUUGUAGAAAUGAAGAAAAACUAACACAGUUCUUCGAUGUUGUUGUCCUAUGUUGGAACAUUAACAUGACUGUUCGUUGAGAAAUGAUGAAUAAGUACUUACAACUACGUGCUACAAGCAAGUAGAUAUUAGAAGUACUAGAUCCGGUUUUUGCCCACUUUUGCGGUCUUGUCUAACGUAGAAGAUUCUGCCGUAGCAACGACGAGGACACGCUCGACGCAGACGAAACAACGUUAAGGCUCACGAUAAUUCAUGUAACAGUUACCUAAAGUAGUGCAUACAACUUUCAUUCAUUUUCUUUUCACCGUUUUUGGAAGUACUACGACAGUACAAGCCUCAUCUAUUCUUCGCUCAUCAUUAUUUCCAGAGAGUUAGAGUCUCUGAUAAGUACCCUGUACUACUACCUUCGAUACUACCACUACUACACAAAUUCAUACCGAGUAGUACUAACCGGCUUACUUAUUUCCAUCGUCUGAGUGCCUGCCUUCAUGAUCCAAGAAAUGUAAUACAAGUUUGGCUACUUUUUAGUGGACGGCUGACCGCUAACCUAAACUAACCUAACCUAGUUUGUGAAGGAUCCCUAACCUAACCUAACCUAACCGCUUCAGGAACUGACUCAUCUCGCUGAUAGCCGAUAGUCCUAGUCCACGUCCUCAGCGUACUCCUGUAUCAUAGAGAAUAAGUCUCUUCUACUUUGCAGGCGUACAUGAUGAUGAUUAUAUUAACUUCCAAGAAUUAGAGUGCUUUCCUUUAUUUUUACACCUCUAGACUGGGUACACUACUACUACUAAUAAGCCCAAGAACUGCGGAAAAGGAAAAUGGACAGGAGAGCGAAAAUGGAUAAGGAGGCGAUGAUGGCGAGAACCAAUGCAGCAGCCGAUUUCCAGACAGCAGCGGGGGCGAUGGGGAGUGGGCUUUUGUUAAGGCAAUAUGAAUGCUGCCACUCAUUGAGAAUGUUGAUAGGGGAUUGUCGUCCCCUCUUCACCUUCUUACGGAGGAACGACAUUCGCAUUCCCUGAUCUCGUUCUCAAUGAGAAAUGGCAUUAUAGUUAUACUUACACAAUAUCGACGAGUGAGAGAGCAAGGAUGUCCUUCUUAGCACCAUAAUCCACCGACUCUUUUUCGACAUGUGAAUGUAGGAGCGUAUUCGAAAACUAGAGGUAUAAAAUAAGGGAGUUCCUGACUGAAAUAUGGGAGGUAGCUUUAGCGGGCUACUCUUCCUUGUUCAGUAUGUCUGUUAUUCUGAUCAGAAGUUGCUUGCUUAUUUCAGUUUAUCGAAUAACAAAAUAACCCAUUUGCUUAGUUUUUAGAUGCCUGUCAGUCGUGCUUCAGGCUCGUCAUAGGAGGGGAGACGAGAAUGUAUACCCUGGGAACAAAAAAAGAAAAAGAGAGAUGAGUAGCCAUGACGAAUGAAUAAAGAAGCUCAGGAGCGGGCCUCAGGGAUGUGAGCGCGGUAGCUCUAACAUGGAACCAGAGGAAGAGCGCGGCGGGACCUGAUUCUAUUAUGCUGCAGGGAAGAAGACGUUUUUGAUCAUCGGUACAGGUUUACAAACUUUAGAACAUCAUAAGUUGAACUUCCCCUCGUUUUAGUUUUACUCUCUUACUGUAAUACUACACUACUUGUCUCACUCUUAAUAGUCCUACGUCGUGCCUUUAUUCACUCCCUUCAACCAGAAUAAUCUUAGGCAGAUUGCCGAAUAGAUUCACACCACCAAUUACUUGAAUUAAGGCUCAGCUUUCAAUGGUCAUUGGGGUUGGUCACUGAGAUCGAAGAGGCGACCCCUUGAGAGAACAGGAGAAAACGAAGGGAAAGGGGAGAGCUUUGAAGGGGGCCUUUUCCGUUCAGAGUCAGUGACUAAUGAAUGCUGAGCUUCAAUUGAAUAAAGACCGCAACUAGCGCUAAUCUUCAUAGCCGCGACCGCGAGGCGGGGGCAGCUGCCAGCGCAGGAGUAGACGUUGCUUCCGUGGAGAAUCGUGAGGAUCGCAUCGCUGCCCCACAAGCUAAGCAGGGGGAUGGAGGAGUGGCACCAGGUCGUAAAGCUGAGACCAGUGCUGCAGCGGAUGGAGGACUGCAACCUCAUCCUAGCCGACAAGAUCGGCAAGCUGGUGAUGGAACAAGUGUGACCGCAGACGGGACAGCAGUCCAACAACCUAGCACGAGUACCAAUGGACCGACAGAGGGUGGAGGUAGACAUCCGGCCACGACAGGAAUAAAGGAAGCCGAUGGAGCACAGCGUGGUGAUGGCACCACAGGUACGUCGACUGCUAGCUCCUCACCUGAUGGACAGUCUGCUGAAGAUGGUGGUGCAGGCGCAGGCGAUCAGAGAAAGCGUAGCGAUAACGGGGGAGAGCCGAGCGCCGACGCUGAUGGACAGCCUGCUGAAGAUGGUGGUGCAGGCGCAGACACAGCUGAAGAGCCUGGUAGAACCAGUGAGGUCUCUUCCGGGAUAAGGCCACAACAACAAUCUGUCGAAACUCGAUCUGCAGUUAUGGCUUCCCCUUGACUUAUUCACCUACGGGAUCUAGAAGAUUCCAUCAUUCUUUUUCUUCUUAUUUUAGUUAAGCAGCAUCAGUCCUUUGUGCUUAGCCCUGAUUCUUUCACCUUUCGUUAGAGGGACACGAGCGUGAGAGUCGUUUGCCACUCGUUGUACUAUACAUGUUGCGCAACGACCUUCCCUUCAAGACAUACGUCAGGGUAUCGGGGUAAACAACUCUUAUUCAUUCAUAUAGUUAGGGCUAGUAAAUUUUUUGUACCUUCCAGCCACUUAAUAUAAUGUACUUUAUAAGUAAUUGACAUAUUACUGCUGGAACUGUUUUGUCCUGCCUAUAGGCUUGUAGCACUAUAUGGGGCACCGUGAUGAAGCAUCAAGCUCUAACGCAGGAGACAUGCCAGCAGAGGAUAAGGACGAGGAGCAUGAUGGUGCUACGGAUCAACCGGGCGAAGACCUAGACCACGAAGUCCACGACGUCGACGGACCAGAGGCUCAAGGCCUGGAGGCUCCUCAAGAUUAAGGUUCAAAUAAUUAGCUUUCUUCUGAAGAUCAACUUCUACUACAGGUUUGAAUGAAAUGAUCUACUACUCGUCUAGUACAGGUACUUAGAAUUCAUAGUGAUGCCCAAGAGUAGUUUAUAGCACGCAUGGUGCAUGGAGUCUGAAAUAAGUAGCUUUCAUCUUCUGAAGAUCAACUUCUACUACAAGGAUAUCAACAGAUCACUUACCGCCUGGGUUUACAACUUUUUAGUCUAAUCAUUCCAAGAGUAAUUUUUCUUUCUCUUUGUAACUGGGAAGUACGUAGUAACUGACAUACUUCUUAUCCUUCUUAGAAUCUUCUUGCAAGCUUCCGUUGAGUUCCAAUUUUGAGCUCUAACAAGAGGCGAAAGGCAAAUGCUGUUGAUGAACUCAUCCACUGAGGAUUGCCGAUGACCGAAAACGGUCAUUUGAGACAUGUUGAACUCAUCCACAGAAUCGGUGUCUCGUCGCCAACAUUGUUAUCAACUGACUGCUCUCUUGCUGUAAUGUAAGUGAGGUGAACCUCGUUUAGUUAUACUUCUAGUACGAGAUCGAGAUUAGCAUUAAGACCAUUUUCACUACUUAAUGCAACAGUCAUGAAGUAGACUGUUUGCAAUAAAGAAUUGCUAAUGCAAAGAAAGAUCAACCACAUCGAAGUUUGACACGCAAUUCCAAGAACAACCACUGACAUUGAACUAAAUAUUUAGACAAAAUCAACAAGAUCCUUAUCGUUAUCCUUUCGUUAUGAAGACCAAGACGUCCUAACAAAAUUAAAACGCUACCCCUAAGAACUUGGGUUUUGAAGGUAAGAAUUUUCGACUUUACUAAAAUACUAUGACAAAAAAGCAAAAUUGUGAACAUGUGAAGAUCGAUUGAAUAGCACCAGGUCGAAAACAAAAUCUUAAGUUUAAAUGAUCUACUACUCGUCUAGUACAGGUACUUAGAAUUCAUAGUGAUACCCAAGAACUCUUCACGAGUGAUACCAUUACCAAGAACACAGACAAUGCUACUACAGUAUGCAAAUAAUUUACUUACAACAAAGUAUAAGGGUCGAUGAAAACUGAUUGCAC